CAGAAACAAAAAUGUCAAAUGGAAUUGACUGUUUGCAGGACUUGGGCUUUCAGUGAUGGCCAGGGGCCUGGUGCUUUGCAGGUCUCUCCUGGUGUCUUCCACGAAAGGGUCUUCAAAGGAUUGGACUAUGUGAUAGUUGAAGCAAGAAGGAAUCGUAUAAGGUUAAUUCUCAGUCUGGUGAAUAACCUGGUUGCAUUUGGUGGAAAAACUCAGUAUGUGAAGUGGGCAAAGGAAGCUGGAGUUAAUGUCUCUUCAUCAGAUGACUCAGUCUUUUCGAACCCAGUCAUUAAAGAUUUCAAGGCUUAUAUUAAGGCAGUUGUGAAGAGAAAGAAUUCAUUAAGUGGAGUUAGGUACUCUGAAGAACCGGCAAUUUUCGCCUGGGAGCUCAUGAAUGAGCCUCGGUGUUCAUCAAGUUCUUCUGCUCCUGCACUUCAGGCAUGGAUUGCUGAGAUGGCUGCAUAUAUCAAGAGCUUGGAUAAAAGACAUCUGGUGACUGUUGGACUUGAAGGGUUUUAUGGCCUGAAUACAACAAACAAGUCAGAAGUGAAUCCUGGGAUUUGGGCAGCUUCACUUGGAUCAGACUUCAUACCAAACUCAGCAAUAUAGUGAUGUUAGGUUGCGUAGGUACUUCUAUAUUUGAAGCAACCAGAGCAACUCAAUCAUUUGGUAUUAAUAGGACCUGCUAUUAAUUAUGGCGUGGCUACAAAUUUGCAAGAAGCGACAAUUUACUGCUUCUUCAGCUGGAAAACUCAUGAACAGUGGAGCACUGUUCAUGGGUUUUCUUCCUUAAAUUGUGAAGCAUGCUCUAUUGUUUUGACUGGACCGAUCCGGUUCAACGUUAAAAAUACAUUGAAUCAGAUCUGUUCUAACAAAAUAAAAAAUAUAUUUUUUAUUUUUAA